GGCUCAGGUGGACUCUGAAGGCGACUUUUUAUUGGUCCGCCCGUCGCUCAAGCAGGUAGCUUGACGGUUGAGCGCUAACGUUUUACUGUGGAAUGUGGCCGAAACCGAUUCAGUCUGCCACCCGUUACUCGAUGUUACACCACUACUAAACAACACCAACGGAGCCGGGAGUUAGCGUUCAUUCUUUAUCAUUUUUUUCUUUCAAAGAACGACUGUCCUCAAUUGCUCGUUGAUCGGUCGCCGGGCGGGAAGGUCGUCGUACAUGAACGCCAUUUGCCAGGUUUUUUUUCGACGCCUGUGCUGUUCGAGGUUCGCUUCUGUUUGAGCUGGACUACGACCCGUGACACGAAAAACACGUGGAAAAUGUCACUAAAGUCCCGUUUGAUUGCCACUUUUCUGGGCGUAACAGGUUUCUUGUUCUCGUACGCCGAAGAAUGCGGGAGACCGACGCUGCAGGAGAACAGGAUUGUUGGAGGGAUGGACGCCUCGGAUGGGGUGUGGCCGUGGCAGGUAUCUGUCCAGAAAGAUAAUGGUCACGUCUGCGGUGGGUCCAUUAUCACAGAGAACUGGAUCCUAUCAGCGGCUCACUGUUUCCCCAAUCCAUCCGACGUGAGCUCGUACACCAUCUACGCCGGCUGGCACUUCCUGAACAGUUUCAACCCGCACCAGUCGGCGCACCGCGUCAACUACGUGGUGAUCCCGUCCGGAUAUGUGGAGCCUCACAGUGGUAAGGAUGUAGCCCUGGUGCGCCUCACCACCCCCCUGACCUGGUCGGAUUGGAUCCGUCCCGUUUGCCUGCCUGCCUCUGGCACCCUUUUUCCUGGUGGCAUGCUGUGCUACGUCACCGGCUGGGGGGACAUCCGCAACAGCGUCCCGCUGCCAGGGGCGGGGCCUCUACAGGAGGUGCAGGUGCCAAUCAUCUCGGAGGGUACAUGUCGUGAGAUGUACAAAAUGGAGGAGGUGGACAUUUUGUAUGACAUGAUCUGUGCCGGCUACCGGGAGGGCGGCAGGGACUCGUGCCAGGGCGACUCGGGAGGGCCCCUCGUCUGCCAGAUGGUGAACGGCACCUGGGUACAGGCGGGUGUGGUGAGUUUCGGGCAGGGCUGCGCUGAGGCCAACCAGCCAGGUGUGUACGCCAGGCUCACCAGCUACUCCAGUUUCAUUCGCGACAACAUACCAGAGGUCGGACUGUACGGCCGAGCUCGGCGCCACCGGUUAGAUGGGGCCGCCGCGGCGCUGCUUUGCUGUUUGUCUGCCAUUCUGGUCCUGCGUUGGCUGUAAGUAAGCUUCGGGAAGGUAAAACCGGGCCAAAUGAAGAAAUUCUCUCUGCUUGCAAAUCAUGAAGCACCAAGAAAUGUAAUAUAAUUUUUAAAUGUGUAGUCGAGGAUUGACGUUUGCUUUAAAAUGUUUUUGAUACAUUUGUACUUUAAAUGGCAACCGUGAGAGUUUGGUUUUUGUAAUAAAUGUCAUUUCAAUACUGUGA